AUGCCCGCAGCUGUCGACCAGAUGGCAUCAACAGCAAAUUCACAAAGCGCCAUGGACGCAAAUGAUAAGAAGCGCAAUAAGUUAGGAUAUCAUCGAACCUCUGUCGCAUGUGUACACUGUCGACGACGAAAGAUCCGAUGUCUUGUAUCGACAGAUGAUACGGAAGGACGAUGUGAAAACUGCAUUCGAUUGCGAAAGGACUGUCAGUUUUUUCCAGUGGACCAACAACCACCAAUUGAAAAGAAAUCACGACCAAACUCGAGAUUGGAAACACCUUCAACUGAGCGCUCAAACACUACACCAAUUGCUUCCUCUCCGACUAAUUUGAUGGCCGACCCCGCCGAGACUUUCUACCCAUACCAGGCUAUGCCAAUGAACGCCUCGUCCGCGCAGGACAUGUCAACAUACAACGUCGGAAUGGUUCAAACCACCAUGAGUCUAACACCAGACCGACCUAUGGGACCAGUAGACUUUGCCGGGCACCAGCCAAUGGACGCUGGAGUCGCAUGGGACGAAUUUACGACAAUAGCAGACCCGCAACUAUUGAAUACGAUGGCAGCCGCAAAGGGCCAGAUGAUGAAUAUGUCACCGAACGUAUGGAAUCCUGGGAACAUACCCUCAGGCCUGCCACCCCCUUCGCCGAUAUCUGCAGCAUCUUCAAUGGGAGGCCAGCCGCAGCCUAUGGGCCAGACGCCAGCAUACGCUAUGGCUAUGCAGCCAGACGGAACAGUUUGGCAGGUUCCGCCGCCACCGCCUCGAACUAUGAGCUAUCCUGGACAGGAAAUGGGCUCAUCAUACCCUAAUCAGUUUCACCCGCACAUGCCUCCAGAGCCCAAACGGAGGAUGACCACGCCCGCACAAUCCCUGUCUGCCACGAGUGCCAUGGGCCCACUUGGCUCGCCAGGUACGCCUGAGAUGCAGACUCCAGGCUCCGUACCAUACCCACCAGGAAUGAGCUAUCCUCAAUGGCAGGAUAUGAGUGCUAUGUCUGGGAUGGGAGUCGUCCCAUAUCCCAUGUACUCUGGUGACCCUGUUCCACAACAUGCAUACCCGCCUAACCCUGCUUCGAUGGGACACCCUGGAGGCCCGGCCCGGUCACCAAACCCAUGA